CAGACCUGCGCUGUGAGCCCUGUACGCACCGGACAAUGACAUGUGGAGCAAUGUGCAUUCGUGCUACGGAUGCUCAAGGCGGAAAACGACGCUUUUGAUUGUGCUUGAUGAAGAUAUCGGAACGGAGCCGUUUCUCUCAGGCAGGCAGAGAAGUUCACACAUGUUUACGCACGCAGUCACGCCACACCUUCCAGCAGUCUCCAUCUGUACAUUGCAGUAGGGAAGUGUCUGAUGUGGCCUUUAGCGCCCAGAACAACACAUCUCCAGAGGCGAGAAGACCAGAUACAGAGUGAAGAUAAUAUUUUUUGCUCUCACCGAGAGCUGUUUUUCUCACGCUCUCUCUCUCACAAUCUCUCGCUCCAUCUGUUGGAGCACUUAGGCCAAGGCUGUUUGAUAACCAGAAAUUCAUCUCUUGUCUGCACGACUAUAAGUGACACUUUUCCUCAAGAUAAUUAAAAGAUACUUUGUUGUCUUUUUGAAGAGGCAGCCUUUGCUUUUUGGUCAUUUGGAAGUUUUUGCUGCCAUUUACACAUUUUGAAAACCCCCAAAGAAGGGCUCACAGCCCAAACUCUUUCAUUUUGCAGAUUUUUAGCAGGAGAUACCAUGAAUUUCUCUCCUUAGUUCUUUUAAAUAAAAACAGCCAACAACCAUGAUUCACCUGUGGAUACAUAGUAGUCCCACUUAAAUAUAACUUGUUCCUGUUUUUCACCUCGCCUGACCCCUUGAUAAAGCUGUACCAGCCUCAUCCUACCCUAGUAUGAGUUAUGACAACUCGAAAUCAACGGCCAGCAGCAGCACUCGGGGGCGAGUGGCAAGGGCCAACGCGAAAGACAAUGACCAGGAGGCAGGGCCAGAAGGGUUAAACUCCCUGAAAACCAGCGGUGGUCAGCCCAGUGCCAAUGUCACCACUCAGGAGCAGGGAAGUAGAACCGGAGGGGGCUCGUCUCCCAGCGGUGGGUCAGGAUCUGGGGGUUUGUCCGUAGACCAAAGGGGUCCCAACUCAGAUGAUAUGGAUGGUCUUUCCAGCGGGAACGACUCUGGGGAGAGGGAAAGCGAGGGCGGGAUGGAGAGGGAGAACAGUUCACGUGGGCGCCAGUCCACACACAGCUCCCACAGCUCGUCGAACGGCAAGGACUCUGCCAUGAUGCUGGAAACCACAGAGAGCAACAAGAGCUCCAACUCCCAGAGCCUCUCACCCCCAAGCGGCUCCUUGGCCUACAGCCUGCUGUCGACCAGCUCGGAACACGACCCUCCUUCCACCUCUGGUUGUAGCAGCGACCAGUCAGCAAGGGUGCAGACCCAGAAAGAGCUAAUGAAGGCCAUCAAGGAGCUCAAGCUCCGCCUGCCAGCUGAGCGCAAGGCCAAGGGUCACUCCAGCACCCUAAAUGCACUCAAAUAUGCACUUCAGUGCGUCAGACAAGUCAGAGCCAACAAGGAGUACUACCACCAGUGGAGUGUGGAGGAAUGUCAGGGCUGCAGUCUUGACUUGUCUACCUUUACAAUUGAGGAGCUUGACAAUAUCACUUCGGAAUACACCCUCAAAAACACAGACACGUUUUCCAUAGCUGUGUCAUUCCUGUCAGGGAAGGUUGUCUACGUAUCACCCCAAGGCUCGUCCCUGCUGCGGUGUAAGCCCGAGUGUCUUCAGGGGACUAUGUUUUCGGACCUUUUGGCCCCACAGGAUGUCAGCACUUUCUACAGCGGCACAGCACCCUGCCGCCUGCCUCCCUGGGCCUCCUGCAUCGGGUCUGCCUCUCCUCCAGUUGAUUGCACUCAGGAGAAGUCCAUGUUUUGUCGGAUCAGCGCCAACCGGAUGCAGGGCGGCGAGAUGCGCUACUACCCGUUCCGCCUCACGCCAUACCAGCUCACUCUUAGAGACUCAGAUGCUGCUGAGCCACAGCCCUGCUGCCUGCUCAUCGCAGAGAGGGUCCACUCUGGAUAUGAAGCUCCUCGAAUCCCUCCAGACAAGAGGAUCUUCACAACCAGUCACACUCCCAGCUGCCUCUUCCAGGAGGUUGAUGAGAGGGCAGUGCCACUGUUGGGCUACCUGCCUCAGGACUUGGUGGGAACCCCCAUCCUGCUCUACAUCCACCCCGAGGACAGGCCCAUGAUGGUGGCCAUUCAUGAGAAGAUCUUUCAGUUUGCAGGGCAGCCAUUCGACUAUUCACCCCUGAGGAUGUGUGCCCGCAGCGGGGAGUAUCUGACCAUCGACACCAGCUGGUCUUCCUUUGUCAACCCCUGGAGCCGGAAGGUGGCCUUCAUCGUAGGGCGCCACAAAGUCAGAACGAGCCCUCUGAAUGAAGACGUGUUCACUACGCCGCAAGGCUGCGAGAGCCGGGUCACCACGCCUGACAUCGUUCAGCUGAGUGAACAGAUCCAUCGGGUCCUGGUGCAGCCAGUGCACAGCGGUGGCUCCCAGGGGUACAGCUCGCUUGGGUCCAGUGGCUCGCGGGGCUCCCACCGUUCACACCAACAGCACCUCAGUGCCGCCUCGUCCAGCGACAGCAACGGCCCCGCCAUGGAUGUGGCUGCUGCUGCUGCUGUCGCUUUACACAAACCUAUGACGUUCCAGCAGAUCUGCAAAGACGUUCACACGGUCAAGACCAAUGGACAGCAGGUUUUCAUCGAGUCCCGUAACCGGCAACCACCCAGAAAAAACACCAGCACAGGCACAACAUGCGUCAGAGCCGUCAGCAGUGACCCAAUCAGAGGACUCAUAGCGGACAUGACAAAACCACCCAGAGCUUUGGUCCCUGCACCGCUUGUACAGAAGGAGCCCCCGACCGGCUACUCCUACCAGCAGAUCAACUGUCUGGACAGCAUCAUAAGGUACUUGGAGAGCUGCAACAUUCCCAACACAGUUAAAAGGAAGUGCGGCUCCUCCUCCUACACUGCCUCCUCUACGUCUGAUGACGACAAACAGCAGGAGGCCAGCGGCAACAGCAAAGGUGGUUCAGUUAGCCUCGUAAGUGAACCACCUCCUCUGCCCCCUCUGACCAUGGCCACAAAGGCAGAAAGUGUAGCCUCAGUCACGUCCCAGUGUAGCUUCAGCAGCACCAUCGUGCAUGUGGGAGACAAGAAGCCUCCCGAGUCAGACAUCGUGAUGGAGGAGGCUCCUACAACUCCUACGCUGGGUCCUCCUUCUACCACACCAACUCCUCCCGCCAGCGGCCCGAUACCGCCCGCCAACACAGCAAUCACCCCUCUUCCUCCUCCCCCUCCACCAGAGAGGGACAGCCGGAGAAAUGGAAGUGUCGGAGGGGGCGGGGGAGGCCGGCUGGGUCUGACAAAGGAGGUGCUAUCCGCCCACACCCAGCAGGAGGAGCAGGCGUUCCUUGACCGUUUCAAGGACCUCAGCAAGCUGCGCGUGUUCGAUCAGACGGCAUCUUCGACUGUGCGAUGCCACACCCCAGCUGCCAACCCUCUGUCACGAGGAGUGCGCUGUUCCCGGGACUACCCUGCUGCAGGAGGCAGCACCGGUCACAGACGUGGUCGUGGAGGAAAGAGACUCAAGCACCAGGAGUCAUCUGACCAGCAAAGCUCUCUGGGUCUGAGCGGGAGCCGCCAAGACCCCAGAACCACCACAGCCCCCCUGCCCCACAACAUCCCCCUUGGACCCCCAACAAACUCCUCCUCCUGGCCUUCUGUAGGCUCCCAGGCCAGCAUUCCCUCCGCCCCUUUCGCUCCUGGUAUGCUUCCGAUCUACCCUGUUUACCCACCGCUCACACAGCCCUUACCCAUCCCAGACCCGUCACGUUUCCCCCCUGCCCAGAUGGUUCCUCCCAUGAUGGCCCUCGUUCUGCCCAACUACAUGUUCCCCCAGAUGGGAGCACCCAUCUCUCAGCCGGGAGCCAUCCCCGGACACUUCUACAAUCCUAACUUCACGUAUCCCGGCACUACCCCAGCCGCUGUCCCCAGUGUCAUCUCCAACCCCAUGCCCAUUCCCGGCACCUGCGCUGCAUCUCGUAGCAGCACCCCACAGUCCUACACUCAGACGCCUGCUGACCGCGAAGGUGCAGAGUCCCCCCUCUUCCAGUCCCGAUGCUCCUCCCCCCUCAACUUGUUGCAGCUGGAGGAAUCACCAAGCAACCGGUUAGAGGUUGCCACGGCCCUGGCAGCAUCGCAGCAGGCCACGCCUUCUGCGCAGGGCGGUGCAGCCGGGGGACCGAGCUCAACCAAUCAGAGGAGCUCUGAUGACACCUCCAAGGAGAAUGAGAAUGGUGAAACUAAUGAGUCCAACCACGAUGCGAUGUCCACCUCCAGUGACCUGCUGGACCUGUUGCUGCAGGAGGACUCCCGCUCAGGCACUGGCUCAGCUGCCUCUGGUUCAGGGUUCUCUGGGACAAGGUCCUCAGGUUCAGGCUCUGGCUCCAACGGCUGCAGUUCCUCUGGCACCAGUGGCACCAGCAGCAGUCAGGGCAGCCACACCAGCAAGUACUUCGGCAGCAUCGACUCAUCUGAGAACGACCACUCCCGCAAACAGCCAGCAGGGGGCAGCAGCAGCGCCGGGGGGGACGGUGGUGAGGAGCAGUUCAUCAAGUGUGUCCUCCAGGACCCCAUCUGGCUACUGAUGGCCAACACGGACGACAAGGUCAUGAUGACCUAUCAGCUGCCUAUCAGGGACAUGGAGACAGUGCUGCGAGAGGACCGUGAGGCCUUGAGGAGCAUGCAGAAGCAUCAGCCACGCUUCACAGAGGAGCAGAAGAGGGAGCUGAGCCAGGUUCACCCCUGGGUCCGCACAGGACGCCUGCCGCGAGCCGUCAACAUCUCUGGCUGUACAGGCUGCAAGUCUCCCCCCGCCGUGCCCCCGGCCACCCCGUUCGAUGUGGAGAUCCAUGAGAUGGAGUUGUGCAGUGUGCUGAAGGCACAGGAGGAGGGCGCCGGCGAGGGCAAGAAAAAUCUCUCCGAAACAGCCAUGGAUGAAGCUCACCCACAGGAUGAAGAAGAGGUAGAAGAGAAAGGAACCAAAACACAAGACAGCAGCCAAGACAUGACGGCAGAGGAGCAGAAUGCGACCUCAGAAGCUGUGGAGGAAAAGGCGGAGGCUCAGCAGCCUGAGUCUGACAUGACUCACUAAGUAGGUGGCCAAAGAUAAAGAACACUAUCAUGACCUUUCUACGCGGAUAUGCAGAAAAUGUGCACCUUCCAGGACUUUGUGCCCCCAACAUCAUUACACAGGAUGCAAGGUGUUAAAACGGGCUCUGCUGGGACGUUAAGGUGCAUAUCGAUCCAGGCAACUGCCGUCUGUUGUCUAAUAGAUCAGGCAGGAGACGUGUCCAAGUUAAAUCUUCAUUGAGUCUGACUUUGAUGACAGCACAAGAGGCAUGUUGUAUGACUGCAUAUUAAAUGCCUUGGAAACCACAGGACACACACAAACUCUGUUUUAAAGAGUGAAGUGAUUUAAGACUUCUUUUUUUUUUUUUUUCCUCUCGGCUGUUCUCGUAGUUCUUAGUAUAUUUAUUUAAGUUGUAAAAUAAUCAGAGCGGACUAAGGUGAAUGUGUUACAAAAAGACACCUUUACAGAAAGAUGGAUGUGCUUCACCGCAGUGUCCUCCUUGACGUUUUCAUCUCUCCUGUUCAGGGUUCGGCCCACAAGGAAAGAAGGGAGUUUACCUGUGACUUAUCUUCUUGCUGAAUGUUUCCCAGGUUUUCCAGGAUCCCAUUCCCAUUUAGAUCCUGAAUAUAUGUUUUGUUUUGUUUUUUUAAAAAUGUAAAAUCUUUGCCCUAAUUAAAGACACUGACUUUCACCCACUAGAGAAAAUGUACAGUGAGAACCAGGUUAUUUUGUAAACAUUGUGUAUAUUUUUAUACUUUCAUCGACUGCAAAUAGAGAGAGAGGAUAAUUGCCCAAAAUAGUGUCUGUACUGUAAAAAAGUUUACGUGAAAAUCCAAGAUUGAAGAUCCUGUCUGUAAUAAAUUUAGAGGCAGAGAAAAAAAACAAUGAGAUCACAGUCUCUGAAACCGAGACGGUGACUACAAUCUAGUGCGAUGUACAGUUAAAUCAUGGGGCAGCGUGGCAAUCGCCAGGAGACUAACCCGGACUUUAAGGUUUCUCUUCGGCUGGGCAUUAGUUUGUGCAUUUGUUGUGGUCGCUCCACAGUGAGAAAUGAACGCUGCCUCUCAGAAAUGGAUUCUCUCACAAACAUCACAGACAGUAUUCCAUCAGCAGAGGGAGAGCUUUUUGUUUCGCCAGUGCACGCUCAUGGUGGUAGGUGGAUUUUGAAAAGAGGUGGAUGUUAACUCUUUAAAAAGUCUAGAGUUCGGACAGUGUUUACUAUCUUCUGUUUUCCUCUCUGUCCCUUUCUCUCGUUGUCCUCCUCUCUGUGGCAAUGUUCUGGUCAUGUGAUAUCCUAUGCUUAAUGGCGUCAGUGGUGUCUGCGACAGUUUCUUAAAAUUUUUGUGAAAUUCUUUGUACAAAAAAAAGACAAUAAAAUUGACUUGAAAGGC